GCGUAAUGCAGUGGAGAAGAACGUCUACGUCAUUUUCACAAUGGCGGAGGCAGGCUGAGGAGCAGUGUAUGUGUGUAAGAGAAGCGGCUCGUACUCGUUCGAGGCUAACGUUGCAUCGCCCCUAGUCGUGCACGGUGCCCUAAAAUGGCCCUUAACCCCAUCACAAUGGGGAAAAGGGAGUCGGAUUUUUCCGAUAAGGGCAGCCUACACCAUGAAGGCGGCGAACCUCAGAAGACUUCGGCCGCCACCUCGGCCACAGCCAACCAAAAUGGCGAUCAGCCUGGCUAUGGAGACAGUGUAAUGCCCGAGCAAGAAGCCCCUGAGCGGCACGGCAGUGUGCAAGCGGAUGCCCGGAGCUGGAGCGGUUCACCCACGCCGGGCCAAAGACGAAGCGAGGAACGGCCUCGGAAAUCUUUUCAAAUCCCGAGGAAGAAGAAAGAACGGAAAGGCUUAUACCAGCUUCUGCCACCUGGUAGCCGUGAGUUUGAUGACCUUGUGAAGCUCAUCUCGUCUUUCUACCUGGAUGCAUCAUCUAGAGGAACUUUCACCUAUUGCAAAGCCAGGCUCCUUCACAAUGAGCUGCUGGAGAAGGAGUUCAUCGAGAAACGGCGAGAGAUGAAGCAAGAAGGGCGGACGGAACAAGAACUGACUGAGUCGUAUUGCUUCUUAUACCCAGAUAAAACAAAGCUUCAGUGGAUCUGCGAGAAGGGUUUGUCAGUGGGACACUCGAGGAUAACAACAGUGGGAAAUCCAUCAGUGGGCGUGUAUGUUUCGAAGUUCUCUGAUUUGUUACAAAUGAAUCCAUUUGAAGUUGGUUCAGUUGGAGACAUGAUCAUUUUUAAAGUUAUGAGGGGAAGAGUGAAGCACAUUCAUGAGAAUAUGCCAAACAAUGCUAAGGAACCGGCAACCAAGUUUGACUGUCAUUUGUCCAAAAAUGUCAAUCGUGUAACAUCUUUGCUGUCAUACAGAGCAUUUGAGCUAACGCAGCAAUAUUUUUUUGAGUUUGCAUUUGACGAAAUAAAAACACGCCCCAGGCACUUGUGCCCCUACGCUGUAGUUUCCUUUCAGUACAAAGGGAAGGAUCCUGGAGCGACCUCUUUAACUACUCACAGGCUUGGCGUUAUUUCUCCUGAAGGAAAUAGAGGGCGGCGCUGCUAUUCCAUCUGGAGUGGUCCACUGGUAACCAAGGGUCAGGAGUUAUUUCCAAUCCGUUUACGAUCAUCCUCGCGGUCCUACCUUCCUUUCAAACUUCCUGAGAAGCUUGAGAUGAAUCAAGGCAUGCAGCUUGAUCAGGUGAAGAGGAAGAUUCCUGCAGUGCUCUUCUCUUGGGACACCUACAGCGCAUCACGGGAAGUAAUGAAGUAUGGGAUGUCAUGCAGCAUUUUUGAGGUCGUGGAAGGAAAAGGAAAACCAACCAGUGGCAGUCUGUUAGCACUGAUAAACAAACUGGAAAAAGACAGAAUGGUGCUGGUGAAGUCCCUGUACGACCGGGGCUUUCUCUUUCUCCUGUCCUCUGCACAAAUGGUGGAGUCCAAAGAACGUCGAGGGCGCAUUGAAAAGAGCCUGCAAGCAAUAUUCCUCUUUCACGAGUCAAGGGCGGUAUUCAAAUAUUCAUCCCGACUGUCUGAGCCCGAGCCAUUUACAACAGAGUCUCGCACUCAUUUCCAAUGUUUGGAACGAUUCAUCCCUGCCCUGCAUUACGCCUUUUUCACUUUGCGCCCAAACCCAGGCAAGGAUCCGAGUUCUAGUGUGGAGCGACAAGCAACAGACUAUUUGAGUCGCGUUGACUCUGGAAGAGUGCGGCAAUUCAUCUUGCCUGACUACAAGUAUCAUGUGGACGACAGGCCGUUCACGGUUCCUUUACCAAGAGCAAAAGGGAACAUAGAAGCCUUACUGCGCUCUUACAUCCACAACACCUCCAACUAUACUUUACCUCUGAACAAGGUAAAAGACAUAAUUGAACGGAUAAGCAAUCCCCCACCUGUAGCUGUCCCAGUCCAAGUAGAGUACAGUCCCGUUUCUGACUGGGGUGGCUCUGACCGCUCGGAGAGGCUGACUGAAAGGCCACCAUCAGAACGACUUACACAGGAGAAACCAGCCUCUGACACGGACAGACAAGGGGCAGAUAUGGCCCAUUCAAAUGGUUCCCAGUUGCAGUACGAGUCCCACACUGAAACCCAGCCACAGCUGCAACCUCCGAAGAUGCUGCUGUCACAAGGUGAAUAUGAUAAAGACAAGAUGAAGCAGUUACUUAAACUCAUCCAACUCCAUAAGAAAGCACUAGUGAAGGAUCCCAAUAAAGAGAAAGAGGAUGCAACCUGGGAGUCCAACAACCUUAAGAGGAAAUUUGAAGGUGAUGAACAAGAAGACAAGAACAAACAUCAACGCACAGAUCUGUUAAGCAAUGGUGAACCCAGCAGAGAGGUACCGGAGCAAGGGAUACGAGAAGGUGGUGGACAGAACGAAAAUCUGACCGCUGUAAUGGAAAGCAUGGGGAUCUAUGACACUGACUUGAGAGGUUGUGGCAGCACUAAUACUACAGCCGUUCAAGAGACCCAGCGUCUCCUCAAGAUUCUGCUAUCCACUCUGAACAAAGCUGUUGCUCAGGGAUCAAUAUCUGUGAAAUCGGACCAUGGGGAGCAGUCAGCCUGUCCUGAAAGGGUUGAAACUGUCGUUUCAGCUUUAGAUUUUCAGAAAAAAAAUGAGCCUGGAUCACAAACAAACUACGCAGAGGAGGAUAUGGACUGUAGCCCUGGAAGUCCUUUUAGUGCUGGCACUCCAUUAAACCAAGCUCAAACCUCAUUCAGCACUUCUGCCAUACCCGCAAAUGAAGAAAAAAUCCAGUCCCUGCCAGAGCCUGUGACGAUUGAAAGCCUUGAGCCGAAGAUGCCCACAACAAUUAAUAUAAAAAUGGAGCCCACAGCAAUUGAUAUAAAAAAGGAGGCUUUAUCACCAAUGUUACCGUUAGCAGAGGAAGUACCUUUCAGGUCCUUGAUCAGCUUGGACACCAUUCUCAACCAGGAAAUUCAUAGCCUCGCGUCGGAGAUAAAAAGCAUCAUGCAGAAUUAUAGCAUCACGUAUAACUUGCAGCUACCUCCGCGGCAACCUCUGCACAAUUCCUGGCAGCACAGAAGCUGCUUCUCAAAUUUUGUAGGACAACACAUCACACCAGUCCCUGUACAGGAGCAUAUUGAAACACUUUGCGAGCAGUUGGAGAAAUUAAUCCCAGUCAGACCUGCUCCUCCAGUGUCCUCUUCCCCAGAGCCAACAGAGACAAUAUCUGACUCGGCGUUGCCAAUGCCCAUGCAAACUUCCAAACAUGAAGUACAGCCCCCUUUGACGAAUACUGACACAUCUCAGAUUAGUAAACAAGUUACUGUAGGAGAGACUAUAGAAGCCAAGGCUAAAUCAAAUUAUGUUUCAGGAGAGAUUGGUGAAGAGGUCUAUUCUCCCUCACAAAUCCCUCCGGAGUCAUCAGAGAAAUCCCAAAAAGCAGCCUUGGCUACUUCCUCUGGUGCCGUUGUGAGUGCCAGUACUGGAACUGGACUCCUGCCAGGCAGCCUCAUUGGUCAGCUAAAACCAGAAGUUUUUAGUAGCUUGGUGGAGAUCUUUAAGGAUGUCACAAAGAAUACGGUGAAGUUCUACAUCUACUCUGGGGAUGAGGGGGAGGAGAGUACUGUCUGCAAGGAGAUAAAGGAAUACUUGAAAAGUCUUGGCAACAGUGAGUGCACCCCACAGUUGUUUUUGGAAAACAGCAGCACUCUCGACAAACUACUCAUCAUCAUUCAGAAUGAGCACAUUGCUGCACAUGUGCAUAAGAUUCCAGCGCUGGUGUCUUUGAAGAAGUUGCCCUCAGUGAGUUUUGCUGGGGUUGACACUCUGGACGAUGUGAAGAACCAUACCUACAAUGAGCUGUUUGUGUGCGGAGGCUUCAUUGUGUCAGAUGAGUUUGUCCUUAAUCCUGACCUCAUAACACAGGAUCGCUUGCAAGCAUUGCUGAAGUUUUUGGAGGAGCAGAGUACCCCUGAACAGCCCUGGCAGUGGAAGGUACACUGCAAAUCCCAGAAGAAGCUUAAAGAAAUGGGCCGGUUGAACACCAAUGCAAUGGGGUUACUAAACCUUCUAACGGCCUAUCAAAAGAAACACCUUGUUGAUUUCCUUCCCUACCAUGAUUGCGACGCCCAGUCACGUCAGGCUCCAGAUCUGGAAUGCCUGAUCAAGCUUCAAGCUCAACACACACAACAGCGGCAUCUCAUCUUUGUCACCGAGAGGCCCUUUGAGAUGUUCCUACAGUAUUCCAGAAAUGGAAUAAUGAUAGCAAGCAUUGAUGAUAUUAUGAGCGCCUUUCACAGCCUGAUUGGCUCCAUCAAUCAAAAUGAGCUUCCCACACCGCCGUCUACCGUAGUGAAUGAUGAGUUUGAGGGAGCUGAGGACAUGUCAUUAGACUCCGAUGACGGGGAGCCAACUAUUGCCAAUGAUGGCAAAGGGCGGAAUCCGGAGGCUCACACAGAAAAUCGACAACAACCACCUCUUCCAAACACAGAAGAAUUCCGUCCCCCGCUACCUGACCAGGAGGCCACUUCCGAUGAAACGUCGCCACAGGCUGACUACAGUGCGCUCAAAACGGCCAUCUCUCAGUUCAAAGCAACAAACCAGUUAGGCAUUGGCUCCUCAGACCUAGGAAAUGUGUCUCCAGGAGGUUUUCCUGUAAAUCCCCACCAAAGUUUCCUUUGUCCCUCUGCCUCGUGGUCAUCAUAUACAGGCUCGUCCAGCUACGCUGCAUCCCCAGCGUAUCCCUCCUCGCCAUGUAGCAGCAACCAAGAUCAGGAACACCGGCCCCCACUCACCGUCUCGACCGCAACUACUCUUCUUUCUGUCAGCACCACAGCAGGUCCUUUGGCCAAACUACCAUCCCUCCCUAUAGAGGUCAAAGCUCCUCCUCCGCCGCACCUCAUGAUGCUCGGUCACACGUAUAGCUCAGACCACACAGGGUCUGGAGCUCCUGGGAGUCCUCCGCGCAACUCAUCUCUCCCCUAUGUAGACAACAGUGACACAGUCCAGCAAAGUUACAUGACUGGCAUUCCCUUAAAUGCUAGCGGUACCCCAGCACAACAUACAGAGAGCACGCUCAGCCGACAUGAGGAUGGAGCUUGGGGGCCGUCAGGGACCAGCACUUUCAAGACUGCAAGCAAUCAGGUUGUGGUUCCACCGGGCCCAGUUGACCCCCCUGUGCCCAAGAGUGGGGAAAUACUUGGUGGCAGCAACCCAGAUUGUCAGAGUGGCAGGACUCAAGUAAAUUGCACUGACAAACCUGGAGCUCCUGUGGGUGUUCCCACAGUAGCAGCCAGAGGGGGCUCAGGAGUCAGACCUAAAUUUCCUCCACAGUCGAUGAGCAGUGUGGGCUACGGUCAUGUAGGUGGCAACAUGCAUUCACAGAUGACUCAUGGACCUACACGGGGUCCUAUGGGUCCUGGUGUAUUCCGGGGGAGAGGAGUUCCUCCAGGUGGACCUUGGCCACGACCGGGGCGAGGGCAUGAACGAAGGGAUGGGCCCGGUGGUGCUCAGUGUUCAUGGGGUUACCCAACGGGUAGGGGUGGGGCACAAAAUUACUACACGGACUACACAUACUCUCAUAAUUAUGCCCCUGAGUAGACAAUCAUGUUGUUGGAAGGGGCAACACAAAUGUCAUACUCCAGAGACUUAGAACUGGCUGAAUGUAUAUAUACUUCCUUGUCAUAAAACCCUAUUGAUUUGCAUUGGUAAAUAAGAACCCUGGUUUUCUACGUUAAUAAAAAUUGAUACAGGCGGUGCCGAGUGUCCUACUGUCGCAUAAACUGUAUGCACUCUUUCCAUGUAUGCUGUUUGACAUCCACUUCAAACCACUAUAUUUAUAUUUGCCAAAAAUUCUAUUGGCCUUUCAGCUUAACUGAAUUUAACCUGUAAUUUCUGUUUGUUCUGCUUUUGAAACAGUUUGUGAGCAGGGGGAAGGGAUAUUUUUUUAUUAAAAAUAAUUCUGUUGUUUUAUUUUAUGCAUUUGGCUGUCCUAAAUUCUGUGAAAUAAAACAUUUCAAAUAUUGUGUGAUAAGGUUGCGUGAAAAUGGAGUUUAGAAAGCCAAUAAAAAAUAUACAGUUUUA